CAAAUAUUUGGAAAAUUCAUUUCUUUCAGGAAAACUGAUUCCAUGGCCUCAAUUUGAUGCCAGAAAGCAAGGGACGGGAAGAAGGAGAGGGAAGGAACAAAGAAAGGGAAAGAGAGAGAGAGGGACACCACAGCUGGAGAGAGUUGCGUCACGAACUCACCGUUCUUUUUCUUUUUAUUGGUGGGAAUACUCACCGUUCUUUGGUUUGACAUUGUACACGUCUAAACCCCGCGGCCUCCAGGCUUCUUUUUAUUAAGAUCUGUGAAUGCCCUAAUGCUAACUCUCGAGAAUCAGGAGAGGGAGGGAGAGGGAAAGAUAUUUUUGGCAGAAGGGUUGAGUGUUGGAUGGGUGAGUUGAUGGUUCGAGGUAGAACCCACUGUCUGUUUUCUAGGAAAGUCUCCAUUUUUAUGUACAAAAUUUUCGCUGUCGGAUUGAUUGUUCUGUCUGGGGGGUUCAGUCGAUAAGCACGGCAAAAUGGAAUGAAUUAUUUUGGGGAGGGAAGGGUUGGAUUAUAUAGAGGGAGAGGGAGAAAUUGGUGGUGGACAUCACAGUUGAGUGUUUUUCCUUUUGUAGAGAGAAAGGGUUGAAGAAGAUGGAAGAUCAUGCAGAGGACCAUGAUAUAGAGAUAGAGGGAUAUGGAGGGAUCGGAGAAGAGAAGGAGUUCGGGUCAAUGAAAGAGCCGCUCCUUCUCAGGAACAGGCAGAACAAUACUUCACAGAUUGCCAUUGUUGGUGCCAAUGUUUGCCCCAUUGAAAGCCUUGACUAUGAGAUUGUUGAGAAUGAGCUGUUUAAGCAAGAUUGGAGGGCUAGAAAGAAGAAUGAGAUAGUUCAAUAUGUGGUCCUUAAGUGGACACUGGCCCUUCUGAUUGGAUUUAGCACUGGGGUUGUUGCCUUUUUCAGCAACCUUGCAGUUGAGAACAUCGCUGGUUUUAAGCUUCUGUUGACGAACAGUCUUAUGCUUCGGGCCAAUUAUUACCAGGCAUUCGGAGCAUUUGCUGGUUGCAAUGCCGUUUUGGCUGUCGCAGCUGCUACCCUCUGUGCUUACGGAGCCCCUGCUGCAGCAGGCUCUGGCAUACCUGAAGUUAAAGCAUACCUUAAUGGUGUAGAUGCUCCUUCUAUUUUAGCUCCAAGCACUCUCUUCGUGAAGAUUUUUGGGUCCAUCUUUGGAGUUGCAGCUGGUUUGGUUGUGGGGAAGGAGGGACCUAUGGUCCACACUGGAGCGUGCAUAGCUGCCUUUCUUGGACAGGGUGGCUCUAGGAGGUAUCAUCUAACAUGGAGAUGGCUGAGGCACUUCAAGAAUGAUAGGGAUCGACGAGAUCUUGUGACUUGUGGUGCUGCAGCUGGUGUAGCAGCUGCUUUCCGAGCUCCUGUUGGUGGUGUCCUAUUUGCCCUUGAAGAAGCUGCUUCAUGGUGGAGGAGUGCUCUACUUUGGAGAACUUUCUUUACAACUGCUGUCGUUGCAGUGGUGUUGAGAGGUUUCAUGGACUUCUGUAAGUCUGGAAACUGUGGGUUAUUCGGGGAAGGAGGACUUAUCAUGUUUGAUGUCAACUCGUCAACUGCCAAUUAUGGCACCCCAGAUCUAUUGGCAAUCAUCUUCCUUGGUGUGCUUGGAGGCCUUCUGGGAAGCUUUUACAAUUAUCUUGUAGACAAGGUCCUUCGUACUUAUAGCAUCAUUAAUGAGAAGGGACCAAUAUUCAAGGUCAUACUUGUGCUGUGCAUCUCCCUUCUCACUUCGUGUUGCUCGUAUGGUCUCCCAUGGCUCUCAGCAUGCACUCCCUGUCCUCCCCACCUUAUGGAGCAGUGUCCCACUGCAGGUCGGUCCGGUAAUUACAAGAAUUUCCAGUGUCCGCCACACCAAUACAACGACCUUGCCUCUCUUUUCUUUAACACCAACGAUGACGCCAUCAAAAAUUUACUCAGCCCGGGGAUCACAAAACAGUUCCAUAUCCCAACCCUCCUUGUUUUCUUUAGCGCCAUAUUCUUCCUCGGCAUAGUUACAUAUGGCAUUGCAGUCCCUUCCGGUCUCUUCAUUCCUGUCAUUCUUGCUGGAGCGUCUUAUGGCCGCCUCGUUGGUCGCUUGCUCGGUUCUAUCUCUCAACUUGAUGCAGGUCUUUUUGCUCUCCUUGGUGCUGCAUCCUUCCUUGGUGGCACGAUGAGAAUGACGGUCUCACUCUGUGUCAUACUUCUCGAACUCACCAAUGACCUGUUGAUGCUUCCAUUGAUGAUGCUGGUUCUCCUCAUUUCCAAAACCGUGGCUGAUUGUUUCAACAAGGGUGUGUAUGACCAAAUCGUGAAGAUGAAAGGACUGCCGUACAUGGAAGCUCAUGCAGAGCCAUACAUGAGGCAGUUGGUAGCAGGGGACGUUGUUUCGGGCCCAUUGUUCACUUUCUCCGGGGUUGAAAAAGUGGGGAACAUCUGGCAUGCCUUGAAGAUAACCAGGCACAAUGCAUUUCCGGUGAUCGACGAGCCACCUUACACGGAUGCACCAGAGCUGUGUGGGCUUGUGCUCAGGUCUCAUCUCCUUGUGUUGCUCAAGGGGAAGAAGUUCACGAAACAUAAGGUGAUGACCGGUUCAGAAAUCAUGAGGAGAUUCAAGGCGCAUGAUUUUGCUAAAGCCGGGUCUGGGAAAGGGGUGAGGCUGGAGGAGUUGGAAAUCUCAGAAGAGGAGAUGGAGAUGUAUGUUGACCUUCAUCCUAUCACCAAUACUUCCCCUUAUACUGUCGUCGAAACAAUGUCAUUGGCGAAAGCAGCUGUGCUGUUCCGAGAGCUUGGUCUUCGGCACUUGUUGGUUGUGCCAAAGACCCCAGGGAGGCCUCCAAUUGUUGGGAUACUUACGAGGCACGAUUUCGUGCCAGAGCACAUCUUAGGGCUCUACCCCCAUAUCAAUCCUCACAAGUAGGAGCCAGGGGGUAGACGAGAAUGAACAGAAAGCAGGCAAGCAAGAACUUCUUUGCUAUACCCAAUAUACCUUUUGCAGUCUUCAUCGUGCAGUGUACAAGAUUUAUUUUUGUAAAGCCGGGGUUGGCAUUGUGAAUUUUGAAAUGCUAUGGUAUAGUUUUGGGGUUUGAAUAAGAGAUUGGUAAAUGGGAGAGACAACAUUGGAUACAUAUUAUAGAGAGGAGGCCAGUGUGACACCCUCUUAUACGAGAGGUGUGUAGAUUAUUGGAAACAUUGCUUCAGAGAUGAACGUUAUUUUAUUUUGAUCUUUUCUUGUUUCCUUCCGUUCCUUGUGUAUAGGUGUAUUAUGUUGGGAAACCAUCCUCGUUAUGUUAUUUUUUUGGGGGUGUGAAACGUUUACAGUGUCUGGUGUGCUUGUUUAGUUCUUUCCAAGUUUCAUAGGAGGAGAAGUGUGGUUCUGUUUCAGUAAGGUUCGAUGGCAAGGACGACGAGCAAUGAUACUCGAUGAACAAUAUCAAUGUGGUAUGGUGGUGAAAUUGAUGGUGAGUUUGGAAGGAACCUUGCAGCAGGGCUCCUACAGCAUCGAUAUUGGGAGUUCACGAGCUUUGUCCAAGGGAAAGGAAAAAGAGAAUGGCUAGUCGAGUUGA